GAUAAAUUCCAAGUUAUUGCUGUAGGGAAAAGAACCUUUGCAAAAAAUCCAUCUAUACAAAUUCAGCAAAAUAUUUUAUCUUGUGAAGAAACAGUAAAAUUACUUGGAAUUGAUAUUGAUUACCAACUAAAAUUUGAUGCACAUAUAAGUAACUUGUGUAGAAAGGCAUCACAACAGCUGAAUGUUCUCAAGAGAAUUGGAUCAUUUUUAAACAGAUUAAAUAAACUUACAAUUUUUCAUACUUUUAUUUUGAGUAAUUUUAAUUUUUGCCCUUUGGCUUGGCAUUUUUGUACAGAGAAAAAUUCUAAAAAACUUGAAAAAAUACAAGAGAGAGCAUUACGAUUUGUAUACGACGACUAUUUAUCAUCCUCUGAAACUCUUCUUGAGAACGCAAAGGUUCCAACCCUACAAGUAAGACGCAUCAGGACAAUGGCACUUGAGACUUAUAAAAUUUUAAAUAAUUUGGCUCCUGUAUGUUUACAAAAUUUAAUAAAAAUUAAACACACUAAAUAUUCUUUUAGAUACAGCAAUAUUUUGGAUGUACCACAGGAAGUGCACAAUGGGAGUGUUUGAGAAGAAAUCAUGUUUUGUAAUAGCUGGUGCAAGCAGAGGUCUUGGAAGAAGUAUGGCCAUAAACUUUGCUAAGAAAGUGAAAAAGGAAAGUGUAAUGAUACUGCUUUCAAGGGAUAUGAAAGCUUUAAAAGAGGUUGAAACAGAAAUCAAGUCAUCUUGUCAGGAUGUUAAAGUAGUUGUCAGCCGAUUUGAUCAAGGAGACUUAGAUGAAAAAAAGUUUAGCAAUAUUUUUGAAAAUAUUUUUAAAGAGAAUAAUUUGUCUAUAAACAACUUUGAACAGGCAGUUAUUGUGCACAAUGCAGGGACAUUAGGAGACAACAGUAAAUAUGUUAAAGAUCUGGUCAAUGUUUCAGAGUUGAACACACAUUUUGGAGUUAACGUGACUGGAAAUAUUUUGUUGAAUUCUGCAUGUUUGAAAUUUUUUACCCCAGAGAAAUUUGCACACAGAUAUGUGAUAAAUAUAUCAUCACUUACAGCAAUUAAAGCAUUCAAAAGCUUUUCUCUAUACUGUACAGUAAAAGCUGCACGUGAUAUGUUCUAUAAGGUUAUGGCAGAAGAGGAACCCACCAUAAGGGUACUGAGUUAUGCCCCUGGUCCUUGUGAAACAGAUAUGCAGACCAAAUGUAGAGAAAACACUUCAGACCCAGAGGUUAAACAAAUGUUUGAAUCCUUGCACAAGGAAGGCAAUGUGUUGGAAUGUGAUGCCUCUAUCCAGAAACUGGUUGAGAUUUUAGAGACUGAUACAUUUGUCUCAGGAGCACAUAUAGAUUAUUAUGAUGUUUAGGGAGAAACAAGAAAAGAAAAAAAAAACAACUUAUAGUAGACAUUUCAGUAUUAAUAUUUGUAGCUUUUAAUAGUGUCUUUACACAUGAAAGUCUUAAAAUAUGAUAACAACAACAUUAGCUUAUCUUCAAUACUGAAAUUAUGAUAAAUUAUUUGUAAGGAACUCAAGCGCCACACAAAAGAAUUUUUUGUGAGCAUGUAGAUUAUAUAAGCUUCUUUUUGUAAUUAUUUUUUUGACGACAUUUGUUCUCUAUUCUUAUUUCUAAGUGCGGUAUCUAUUUGUCAAAUUGUUUUAUGGCAAGUAAUUGGUAAUUUUUGUGAAAUUUCAUUUUUUCAUGUCUGUAGAUCUAAUGAAUAGGAAAUAUUUUUUAACCAAAAACUCAUAAAUUUAUUUUAAAUCAUAGAUUCAACUUUUAAUUCUUCAAAUUUGAGAACAUUUCAAAUACCAUUCAUUUUAUGGCGAAAUUUUAACUUAUAUAUUCACAGGUUUGUUAUAUGUUUUGUUAAAAUAUAGUAAUUUGCUAAAACCACCAUUGUUAUAUAUUAAAGCAGAAAGGUAAAAUCCUAUGUUGAAUUAUAAAACCUUUUUAUAAUUAUUUAUUUAUAUUUGUGAAAACAAAUAAGUGAAAAUAUAAAGUAGGAACUGAGUAGUCAUCAAAUUUGAUUUAAUCACAUGUUGGAUAUCAACACAUGUAGAUAGUGCAUUGUAUUAUUUUUGCAUGUAUAUAUAGCUUUUACAUUCCUAGUCUUAAUAUUUUAUUUUUAAAACCCCAAUCCAUUGAUUGCAGGGGAUAUAGUUAUCAUGGUUAUAGUAAUGUUUUUUUCAAUCAUUUUAUUGAUAAUUUUAUUGGUUCCGUUAUUUGUUUUUCUAUGAAUUUAAUUUUCAACCACAAUUUGUUAUCGUAAUACUAGCUGAACAUCUUGGCUAGUCUAAAACUAGGUAUACAUGAAAACCAGAAAAAGUUUAAGUCAUUGGGCCAGUUAAAAGCAUUAGCAUAAGCCCUUACUGAUUUAAAAACUUUUAAAUCCUCAUUAAACAUUUUCAGAGUCAGAGGUUAAGGAUCAAGAACAAAUCAGUGUUUAUAUUACAUGUUAAAGGCAUGGAAAGAAAUUUAUUGAUGUUUUUUGGGAUCAGAGAUAACUGUCCAAGCUGAGGUCUGAGUUUCCAAUGUUUAGUUUCAUUUAAUGUACUAAAUUCUAGAAGAAGAAUAGCAAUAGGAAUCUGUUUUAUGUUACAUUUGUUAUUGUAUACCAAUCAGCAUGUCAAUCUAGUACACUUUUGACACUUUUUUGUCAAAAUUUUUACAAUUGAGAUACAUUCCUUAUUUAAUGUAUAUUCUUGUUUUGUGGCUAUCAGCAUUAUAUUGUUAUUGUCUGUUGGGAAUAAAAAAUCUUUUUGUUUGGAA